UGAUGAGUCUGAAUAAGAAACUGGGUAACAUCAGCCACAAAUUCAGUUUAAAGUACGACACGAACGGACUUGUACUCGGCAGUUAAACCGGGUUCCUGAACACAACACAUAGACCCACAUAAGAUACUUGCAACAUGGACUUUGAGGAGCUCUCCUCAAACAGCCCGGCCGAAUCACAGCCUGCUCUUUUGGAUAACAUGGAGGCAGCGGAGGCUCUGGUGUCCAUGACUAACAACUGGGAGAGCCAGAGCUUCAGACCCCUGACUCCAUCCUCAGACGAUGACCGUGUCCUAUUUGGCUCAACUGUGCCGCAGGACUCUCCUCCGACUUGGAAUGUAUCUGAUGGCAUGGAGUCAGACAUCGAGUCUGAGACUUGUAGUCGAUGCUCAGACUGGUCGCAGUCUCACUGUACCCUGUAUGAUUCUUCUUGGCGGCAGCAGUCUCCUUUGUGGAUGACACCGCCAUACAGUCCGCCCGAGUUUGAGGCUACCCAUUCCCCCCCAGCGACAAUAGAAGAGACUCAUGUGCACACACAGCAACACUUUCAAUGCACCAGUGUGAUCCGGCACACCUCAGAUGGACAGAGCAGCUCCUGUAGCUUCCGUCGUGCCUCCAGGGAGGGCAGGCUAACUCCUGUUGAUACAAAAGACUAUAGCUGGGAAUAUGGGCAAGAUGCUGUACAAAGGUCUGACUCUAAAGCAGCCGGGCAACAGAAAUCAAACUCAUCUCAGGCUGCUUGCACUGAGUGCUCUCCUCUCCCUGUGUACAGCCAGAUUCUUCCUGUCCCAGCCUCUAGCAGCCCGAAGCCAAAUCCAAUCCCAAUCCCAUCAACCCCCACCAAUGCACUACAGCACCAUCCACCAACACAAGGAGCUCCUCCAGCCCAGGUCUUCCUCCUCAUCCCUCAGCUGGCUGUACCUACUCUUUACAUCCAGUCGGCACUGGUGACCCCUGGUGGCACCAAGCUGAUGACCAUCGCCCCCGCGCCCGGUCCAGCCGUGUCCGAGCAAAGACAAAACCAGCCGCAGCCUGAGGUGUCCCGUGUACGCAGCCAUGUUUGUGCUCAUGAGGACUGCAGCAAGACCUACUUCAAGAGCUCCCACCUCAAGGCCCACAUGAGGACACACACAGGUGAGAAGCCCUUUUUAUGCAAGUGGGAGGGCUGCGAGAGACGAUUUGCUCGCUCUGACGAGCUUUCCCGCCACCGGCGGACCCACACUGGGGAGAAAAGGUUCGCCUGUCCUGUGUGCCUCAGCCGCUUCAUGCGCAGCGACCACCUCGCCAAGCACGCUCGACGUCACAUCGCAGAGAGGAAGACGGCCUCCGCGAAGUUAAAGGUCAUCCAGUCUGCUGACAUCACUGCUUCCAUAACACAUGGUGACUCGGCAACUUUUUAAGUCUCUGACAGCGUACAGAGGAGUGUGCCGGAUAUAUGAACAACCGUCAGAUCAUAACACUUAACAUUACCGCUGACGUCUUUCCUGUUCUUUAAUGUUGCUAGCUGAAUAAGAUGAGAUUCAUUAUUCAAACUGAGCAUUUACACUAAAUUAAAGAUCCACUGUCAAUACUGUUCUGAACACUUUUAAAUAUCAAUGCUAAACAUGUUUACUGUGAGUGAUUUUUGACCAAAGAAUGUUAAGUAUUGUUCUUUUGAGCCAUCCAAAAAUAUAUUUGUAAUAAAAAAAUAUUUUGCACAAGA